AUGUCUCUAGCUAAAUCCGCCGCUAACAAAUUAGACUGGGCUAAGGUCAUUUCUUCUUUGAAAUUGACUGGUAAGACUGCCACCCAAUUGUCCUCUUUCAAGAAGAGAAACGAUGAAGCCCGUAGACAGUUAUUGGAAUUGCAAAGUCAACCUACGUCUGUUGAUUUCUCCCAUUACAGAUCUGUCUUGAAGAACACCGAAGUCGUCGAUAAGAUUGAACAAUUCUACAAAUCUUACAAGCCAGUCUCCGUUGAUGUCUCCAAGCAACUGUCUACCAUUGAAGCCUUUGAAUCUCAAGCCAUUGAAAAUGCUGCUGAGACUGAAAAGUUGGUCGCUCAAGAAUUGAAGGACUUGAAGGAAACUUUGAACAACAUCGAAUCCGCUAGACCAUUCGACCAAUUGACUGUGGACGAAUUGACCAAGGCUAGACCUGAAAUCGAUGCCAAGGUGGAAGAGAUGGUUAAGAAGGGUAGAUGGGACGUUCCAGGUUACAAGGAGAAGUUCGGUGAUUUGACUAUUAUGUGA